UUGUAAUAUUCAGCAGUAACUAAAAAGAUGUGUUCCUAAUAAAGUGACCAUUCAGUGUAUGUGCUCAUUCUAAAUAAAAUAAAAAAUAAUUAAAAAAAAAAAAAAAACGUACAAAAGCCGUCACAUUUCAUAAAAUAGUUUUUCCUCUCCGAAGUGAAUUUCACCACGUUGGCAACCCGGAUCAAUAAGUUCGCCAGCUUUCUAAUUGAUCAGGAGUCACCAUGUUGAACAGCAAGUGUAACGUUUACCUAGAAGAUUGUAAUAAAAAGAAGCCGCUGCAAGAUCCAACAAAUGGCUUCAGCAUCAUUCCAUCGUGGGACAAAGAGUUUGUGUGCCUGAUUGGUCUGGAAAAUGUGGUCCAGUUUCGCUUAGAUUGGCUGGACAAGGCUGUAUAUGCUGCAUCUAACCAACCAAGAACCAGGGGGAAGCCGAGGGAGUUUCGCAAAUAUCCAUAUACCUGUGCGAAAUGCAACACUGAUGUCUCUUGUACAUGGAAACGUGAUGUUGACAGUUCCAUCCUAUGUGACUCUUGUUCUCGGUGUCAUUGGAGGAAAGCUCACUGGCUCUCCAGAGAACUGCAUUGUCUACCAACCAGGGAAAGACCAUCCCUUUGGAUAAGGUGAACGGGUAAAUAGCCUCAAAUCAGAAGAAUGAUAAGUGUAUUCAGAAGCCACAUACAUCGAUGGGGUUUAAUGGCAGCCAUGCAUGCUGCUUUUCUUCUUCUCCUUCUUUUUCAUUUGGUCAACCUGAUAAGUGAAACAGCAGGUUAUGGUGACACUUAAGAAUUACAUUAUAAAUUUCUGGUCAACUCCUAACAGGAAGUCUUGUGACCCCCAAGUCAGAGAAGGGGGCAGUUUGUUUCGUUUCCUUGGAUUUUCUUGUUGUUGUUGUUGUUGUUUUUUUUUGUCCCCUUCAUGUUUUCCAAUUUUGGUCUUUAACCUCUGUUGUUUUACAUCAAGAUGGUAUAGAAAAGUGUUCUCCGGUCCUUUCUGAAAGUUUUAUUUCCGACACAAUCAAGUGCAGAACCUGCAGAGGUGUGGCAUGUGGAUUGGAUGGAAUGAAAACCAGCAGCCAUACCAGAUAUUCUAAAGAUUCUGCACCAUGUCUGGCUCCUGAUUAGUUACGAUUGGAGACUCCUUGCUUACACACAUCCUCCUUCCAUAGUUAAGUUCACGAUUCAUGCACACGUUUAAUAAGUUUUAGAUGAUAAUUCCUGAUGAUAAAUGAUAAUUUUAGAUGAUAUUUUUUUGUUUGUUCUCCUGUUUGCACCUAAAAGUUUAGGAAAAUGUUUUUGCUUCAAUUUAUUUAUUGUUAGAAACUGUAUAAUAGAAAAUUUGAAAUAAAUUUUGUCUUGAAAACAUGCUUUGGUUAAAACAAAAUACAAGAAUCGGAAGAUUUUCUGUCAUUACUUUCAUAUGUCUUCUGGUGGUUAGUUAUUUUGUGCUCAAUACUAUAUUUAUUAUAUAAUACUACACUUAAUACUUGUUGAGUACAUUCUAGUUUGUCAAUUUGCUUUUAAAGACUUUUAAUAAAAAUAAACCGUUCUUGUUUGUCCGAAGAAUAAAAAUCAGCACGCUAUCAAAUGUAAA